CAGGACAACUCCAAUAAGAUUGAGCAUUCCACACCACGUCCACACACAUAACCCUAUGGACUAUCCAAUCUUAUUUCUCUUACUCUCUAGCCUUUCCCUUUUCACAUUCAUCUACGCCCUCACCACAACUCCAAUAAGAUUGAGCAUUCCACACCACGUACACACACAUAACCCUAUGGACUAUCCAAUCUUAUUUCUCUUACUCUCUAGCCUUUCCCUUUUCACAUUCAUCUACGCCCUCACCAUCACCGGCCGCCGCAACUCGCGGCUUCCGCCGGGACCUUACCCUUUUCCGGUCAUCGGAAACUUGUUAAAACUCAGCGACAAACCCCACCGCUCUAUCGCCACACUCUCAAAACGCUAUGGUCCUUUGAUGUCUCUUAAGCUCGGAAGCAGAACAACGAUAGUUGUUUCAUCACCUGAUUUGGCCAAAGAGUUCUUUCACACUCAUGAUAUAUCCUUCUCUAGCCGGACUAUUCCGUACACCGCCAGAAUACUGGACCACGAUAAGUACUCCAUAGUUUGGCUGCCCACUGGAGAUGAAUGGCGCAGACUACGAAGAAUAACCAGAGAGUUAUUCUUCUCUGUGCAAUGUUUAGAUGCUAGUCAACUCCUCCGUGGGGAGAAGGUACAAGAACUUGUUGAUCAUGUGCAUGAAUGCUGUAGAAAUGAAAAGGCUGUAAACAUUGAGUUCAAGGAAGCAGUGAUGGCGUUAUUAAACUUCGGAGGAAGGCCAAAUCUAGCUGACUUUUUUCCGAUCCUUAAACCGUUUGAUCCACAAGGAUUUGUAAGACAAGGAAAUGUUUAUGGUAAAAAGUUGUUGACUAUUAUUGAUAGGAUAGUUGACCAACGUUUGCAAUCAAGAUUAAGUUCAUCAUCGUUAACAAACAAUGAUGUUUUGGACUCGUUGCUCAACCUCGUACACAAAGAAGAAUCUAUGUUUAGUCGAGAAGACAUGAGGCAUCUGUUCCUUGCUUUGUUUAUCGCGGGAACCGAUACAACAUCGAGUACAUUGGAAUGGGCAAUGACCGAGCUUAUCCGUAACCCAGAAAAAAUGAAUUCGGCUCGUUUAGAAAUUACUAAACUCAUGCAAAACAAAAAGGAAAAUAUACAAGAAAAAGAUAUCUCCCAACUCCCUUACUUACAAGCUGUGAUAAAAGAAACUCUUAGACUUCAUCCACCGGCCCCUUUUCUUGUCCCACACCAAGCCAUAGACACUGUAGAAGUACAAGGUUACAUCGUGCCUAAAAAUGCACAAAUCUUUUGUAAUGUUUGGGCUAUGGGGCGUAACCCUAACAUUUGGCCAGACCCAGAAACGUUCAUGCCAAAAAGAUUUUUGGAAGUCAAGAUUGACUAUAAAGGCCAAAAUUAUGAGUUCAUUCCAUUUGGUUCGGGCAGGAGGAUUUGCCCGGGAUUAAAUAUUGCUCAUAGAAUGUUGCAUAUAAUGUUGGGGUCUUUGAUUCAUAAGUUUGAUUGGAAACUUGAUGGAAAUAUAAGAGCACAAGAUAUGGAUAUGGAGGAGAAGUUUGGACUCACAUUGCCAAGAAAAGUACCACUCAUGGCCAUUCCGAUUAAACUUUGAUGGUUUUUAUAUUAUUGUAUUAAUUUGUUGUUUUAGCUCUUAUUGUGAUCAUGGCAUUGGUGUG